AUGUCUGUGGUCCACGCGCCUAUAGACGGCUGUCACGCGGCUGCCCAUGUGUCCUACUUCUUCUCGGAUGCAUCGAUAAUCUACCCGAUCACGCCGUCGACCCCCAUGGCCGAGUAUGUCGACUCCUGGGCUGCCAAGGGCCGCAAGAAUGCGUUCGGCCAGACCCUCAGGGUUGAGGAGAUGAACUCCGAGGGGGCUGCUGCAGGCGCCUUGCACGGAGCUCUCAGCACGGGUCUGCUGGCCUCCACCUACACGGCGUCCCAGGGCCUCCUGCUGAUGAUCCCCAACAUGUACAAGAUGGCUGGGGAGCAUCUGCCCGCCGUCUUCCACGUUGCCGCACGCACGAUUGCUACGCACUCUCUGUCGGUCCACGGAGACCACGCCGAUAUCAUGGCUGUCAGGCAGACGGGAUGCACGAUCAUGGUUUCCGAGGACAUCCAGGAGGCGAUGGACAUGGCCAUUGCUGCGCACCUCACAGCCAUCUAUUCCUCUCACCCGGUUGUCCAUGCGUUUGAUGGCUUCAGGACAUCUCAUACCAUCAAGAAGGUGGAGCUCAUUGAUUACGAGCAUCUCAGGCCCCACGUCCCCUACGAUGAGAUCGAGGCCUUCCGCCAGAAGUCUCUCUCUCCACAGCACCCCGAGAUGCGUGGGUCCUGCCAAGGUCCUCCCAUCUGGAUGCAGGCUGGCGAGGCGGACAAUAAGCACUAUGCAGAAAUCCCAGGCCACAUUGAGCGCGCUUUUGAGAAGGUGAGGGAGAUCACCGGUCGCUCCUACAAGUUCUUCAAUUAUUUCGGUGCCCCAGACGCGACUGCUGUUGUCAUCAUCAUGGGCAGUGGCUACCUGACUGUCCGCGAGGUCGUUGAGUACCUCGUUGAGCGCGGCGAUAAGGUCGGCGUUGUCUGCGUCCACCUCUUUAGGCCCUUCUGCGGAGAUAAGCUCCUCGAAGCAAUUCCCACUAGUUGCAGGCGUAUCUGCGUCAUGGAGAAGGCGAAGGAGAUCAUGGCCGGCGCAGAACCUCUCAGACUGGACGUAAUUGAGGCCCUCUACAGCGGCAACAGGCUGAGCGCCGUGACGACCGUCAUUGGUGGCAUCUUCGGUCUUUCUUCCAAGGACUUCAACACUGCAGAUGCCUUCGCGAUCUUCAGGAACCUUCAGGCCACAACUCCACUUAACAACUUCACCGUUGGGAUUGAAGACGACGUCACACACAUGUCCUUGAAGCGUGAUCCCGCCUCUCCGUCCCUUGUUCCUAAGGGCACCGUCCAGUGCCUCUUCUUUGGUAUGGGGUCCGAUGGUGUUGUCGGCGCCAACAAGAAUGCUAUCAAGAUCAUUUCAGACAACACACCUCUCUUUACGCAGGGCUACUUUGACUACGAUAGCUUUAAGGCGGGCGGCUUCACCAGCGCGCAUCUCAGGUUCGGCGACAAGCCUAUCCGCUGCGAGUAUCUUAUCCACGAUGCCGACUUCACAGCCGUUUCGCAGCCGUCUUAUCUUACAAAGUAUAACAUUUUGCUUGUGGAGCGCUGCAAGCCUGGGAGCCUCCUAUUGCUCAACACGUCUGCGAGUAACGUCGAGGAAGUCACUGCUGCGAUUCCAAAGAACAUGCGCAAGAUGAUCGAAGACAAGGGCCUUAAAUUGAUGGUCAUGGACGCAAGUGAGAUCUCUCUCGAGGCUGGGCUGCCGGGCAGGAUAAACUCCGCCCUCCAGACUGCGUUCUUCCUCCUCUCUGGCGUUCUGCCGCCGGAUCAGGCCAUUGACAUUUGGAAGAAGACGGUCAUCAAGACCUUCAGCAGGAAGGGCGAGAAGGUCGUCAACAUGAACCUCGCUUGCAUCGACGCCACGAUCAAGGAGGGUGCAAUCAAGGAGAUCAAGUACCCGAAGAACUGGGCCAGUAUUGAGGAUGGUUCCUUCGUUAAGAUGUACAACAAGCGCAUGGAAAAGAUCGUCUCGGCUGCGCCAGAGUUUGUCAAGAACGUUAUGAUUCCCGCGACCACGGGCCGAGGUGACGAUCUCAAGGUGAGCGCCUUCCGUAAGGGUGGCUUUAUGAUGACUGGGACGACCCAGUACGCAAAGAGGAACAUCGCUGUUCAGGUCCCCGUUUGGCAGUCCAGCACGUGCAUCCAGUGUAUGCUCUGCGUCACUGCCUGCCCGCACGCCGUCAUUCGCCCGUACUUGGUUAGCUCCGAGGAGGAGGAGAAGCUUGCCCCGGUGAUCCGCGACCAGCUCAUUCCUAUCAAGAAUCCAGUCGUUAAGAGCAAAGGAAACUUCAAGCUGGCCAUCCAGGCGUCGACACUUGAUUGCACCGGAUGCCAGGUCUGCUCUCAGGUCUGCCCGACGAGAGAGAAGGGAACUCUGAAGAUGGAGGUCACACAUAACGUUGAGGCCAGAGAGGUCGAGAAGUUCUACAGUCUCGCAGACAACGUCUCUGUGAAGACGGACGAUUGGACCCUUGAUGAGAGUGAGAAGGCAUACCAGUACCGCCGCCCGCUGUUCGAAUAUCACGGCGCCUGCGCUGGCUGUGGUGAGACGGCGUAUAUUACGCAUGUGACGAGGCUCUUUGGAAGCCGCUUGAUCAUCGCGAAUGCAACCGGAUGCUCGUCUAUUUACGGCUUCAGCUUCCCAUUCUCCCCAUACACCAAGAACGCAAAGGGACAAGGCCCUGCCUGGGCCAACUCUCUCUUCGAGGAUAACGCCGAGUUCGGCAUGGGUAUGCUGGUCGGCAUUCAGCAGCGCCGCGAGCGCAUCCUCGAAACCGUCAAGGGACUUGUUGCGAAGAACCUCGGAGGAGAUAAAUUCAUUGAGGCUGCAAACAGUUGGAUUGAGAACUAUAAUAAGAUCGCCGAGAGCGAGACAGCUGGCGACAAGCUGAAGGAGCAGAUCAUGGCUCUUUCCGCAGACUGUGACGAGCUCAGGGAGGCCAAGGAUCUGCUCACCCUGCCAUCGAAUCUGGACCUUCUUGCAAGGCCUCUCGUCUUGAUUCAGGGCGGUGACGGCUGGUCUUACGAUAUCGGCUUCGCAGGCCUGGACCACGUCCUUAGCACGGGUCUCGACGUGACUAUCCUCAUACUGGACACUGAGGUCUACUCAAACACAGGCGGGCAGCGUUCCAAGGCCACGCCUCUUGGUGCUGUGGCACGCUUCGCAGCUGCCGGAAAGCGCACGGAGAAGAAAGACAUGGGCCAGAUCGCUAUGGCAUACGAUAAUGUGUACGUUGGGUCUAUCAGCCUCGGCUACUCCCAUACCGCUGCGAUCAAGACCAUCAGAGAGGCGUUCGAGUGGACUGGGCCUUCGAUUGUCAUGGCCUAUGCGCCUUGCAUCGAGCACGGGGAGGAUAUGAAGGCAUCCAACGCGACCCAGAAGCUUGCCGUCGAGACAGGCUAUUGGCUCACCUACACCAGACAUCCGGAGCGUGGUCUCGUCAUGGGGUGCAAGGAGCCGUCAAAGCCCGUCACAGACUUCCUUAAUAGGCAGAACCGCUUCAACCAACUUCUCAGCGAACGCCCCGCGGAGGCAGAAGUACUGAGAACCGAGCUGCAGGACUUCGUCAACAGCCGCUACAAGAAGUACAGCGAAAUGCAGGCGACCGCCAAGGCGGAGUAA